CGAGGAUCGACAAUUGAUCUGUCUCAACAUGUGCCCGUGCAGAGCAAAGCAAUGGCAGCGCUCGCAGCCAAGCCGGCCAGAGCCAGACUCAAUUCUAAGUUCAGCGCGCCGCCGACGAGAAUUGCAGAUGUGCACCGCUGAGCCCCGUCACUCCUACCGAGCUACUUGUUGAGCUGUAAUGCAAUGCUCGGCACCUUACUGAGUCGCUAAGCGAAAAGAGCCGUCCGCCUUUCGACUGCUGUGCUGCGAAACAACAAUGGCGCUCUUGCUCGCGUCAUCUCUCGCAAGAGUUGCAGCAUGUGAAAUACUGCCAUGCAGGACGACUGACGAGACGGUACUAUGUGAAAUGUAUUUCGUGCCUGUGGAGGUCUGCGAGCAAGCGGAGGGAAAUUUCGACGCCUCAUCUUGGCUCCUCUGGUCUGCCUGAAGGCACGUUCGCUAAGAAUCGUCUCUAUGAGUGCCGUGAUGCCCGAGUCACUCGGCAAGCGCUUGUUUUGCGAGCUGCAACAGGCCCUGUGAUCCAACUCGAGCAUUCCCCGACGCCGCUAGCUCUGAAGAUCUUGCUGCGUCCCGCAAAGANGACUCUCGCUCGCAUCAGGAUUCCCUUCGUCGUAAAUGUGAUAUGUGAAGA